AGCCGCGCUGAGGUCAGAGGGAGGCGGCCUGUCGUCCGAGCCGAGCGCCUGCGCCGAUCCGGGCCGCGGCGGAGCGGAGCCCGAGCGUGGCCGAAGCCGAGCUGAGCGCGCGGCGGAGACGCUGACCCCCCGGCCCCGCGCCGCCGCGGCAGGCCCGGCAUGGAGGAGGAGUGCCGGGUGCUCUCCAUUCAGAGCCACGUCGUCCGCGGCUACGUGGGCAACCGGGCGGCCACGUUCCCGCUGCAGGUUUUGGGGUUUGAGGUCGAUGCAGUGAACUCUGUCCAGUUUUCAAACCACACAGGCUACUCACACUGGAAGGGCCAAGUGCUGAACUCAGACGAGCUCCAGGAGCUGUACGACGGGCUGAAGCUGAACAGCGUGAAUCAGUAUGACUACGUGCUCACAGGCUACACACGAGACAAGUCCUUCCUGGCCAUGGUGGUGGACAUCGUGCAGGAGCUGAAGCAGCAGAACCCCAGGCUCGUGUAUGUGUGUGACCCCGUGAUGGGAGACCAGCGCAACGGAGAGGGCGCCAUGUACGUCCCCGAUGACCUCCUCCCCGUUUACAGAGAGAAGGUGGUACCUGUCGCAGACAUCAUCACCCCCAACCAGUUCGAGGCUGAGUUGCUGACUGGGAGAAAGAUCCACACCCAGGAAGAAGCCUUAGAGGUGAUGGACAUGCUGCACUCCAUGGGCCCGGACACAGUGGUCAUCACCAGUUCGGACCUGCUGUCCCCGAGGGGCAGUGACUACCUGAUGGCGCUGGGGAGCCAGAGGACACGGGCUCCCGACGGCUCUGUGGUGACGCAGCGUAUCCGCAUGGAGAUGCACAAGGUGGACGCCGUCUUCGUGGGCACCGGGGACCUCUUUGCUGCCAUGCUCUUGGCGUGGACACACAAGCACCCCAACAACCUCAAGGUAGCCUGUGAGAAGACCGUGUCAGCCAUGCACCACGUUCUGCAGCGGACCAUCAAGUGUGCAAAAGCCAAGUCUGGGGAAGGAGUGAAACCCAGCCCCGCCCAGCUGGAGCUGAGGAUGGUGCAGAGCAAGAAGGACAUCGAGAGCCCCGAGAUCGUCGUCCAGGCCACGGUGCUGUGAGAGCCGCGUGGACCCGCCUCCGUCACGCCCAGUGUUAGGUGUCUCCAUUUCCGACCUUGUGAAAAAUGUCUGCCUUAGAGGUGUGACUGAAAUUUGGUAUUUGUUUUCUUUCGUGAGUGUCCAGCAUCCACUGGUCUUAAUUGUGAAAAUGUGCCAGUCGUGCUUUUUAAAAAUAACAAAGUGAUCACAGAGAUUUGUAAUUUGGGACCCCCAGCUCUCCUCCCCCAAGGUUCCUGGAAAACCAGCUCCGUGUUAGGUCUCCGGGCCCCGGGCUGGCUUGGGGCACAUGGCAUGUCCCUUUCCUGAGCGUGGGGCCCAGGGAGACCCACAGUGUCCGCCUCUCGCAGCGAGUCAGGGGUUAGUGUUUAUGUCCAAAAAAUGAUGUAAAUGUCUUUAUCCUUGCUCUGAGCUCACCUUCUGUGUUCCCCGUUCAGAACCUUCUGCGUCUUGCUUUGCUGCAGGGCAGCCCCUGGGGGUUUCAGGGUCUCCGCUUCUGUUCUUGAUAUGAACGAGUUCCUGAAGCUCAGACGCACAAACGCUGCAUAGUCACUUUGGCGGGGACCUUCCCAAGACCCCGGAAAUCUGCACAUCUCUCGUGUUUCAGGGAGGGGGCCAGCCGUGUAACUCAGCGUCCCUAGGCACCCCCACGGGACGGAGGCUGGUGUGUGGCUGAGGGCGCCUGUGGGUCUUCAGGCUCCUUACGGUCGAGCCAGUCAGUCACAUGCUGUGCACUUGCCACCCACUGCUGGUGACAGAUGUAUCCAGAAGGCGAAGGUGGGCUCCUGUGCCGCCCCCCGCUGGUGUGUGCAACCCCACCCCCAGUUCUCUUGUCCCCCUGCCUCCGCUCCCCUGCUGCUCUGUCCUGUGCCCGCCAGGUGCCAGGAAGCAAGGCGCAGCUCCACCCCUCCCCACCGUGGGUGGGGCGAAGCCCUGACAUCAGUCCCGUUGUCCGUUGCUUGGGUGACCUCCCCAGCUCCCACCCAGAACUUUGAGGACCCUCCCCCAGCAUGGAUCCUGGCAGGGUGUCCCCAUGCUUAGAGCCCACCCCCGACUCUGGGGCCUGCGGGGUUUGCAUCUCUCGGAAGCCCACAGCCUGGAGGGAAGCAGGGAGACUACAGGAUGUCGGGGACCAGGUGGGCAUCCCUGGGGAAGCAGGCUGUCCUAGGGCAGCCCUGGCCCCGCAGGCAGGACCCCUCCUGAGGUUGGGCCUGUGUCUCCAGGAUGCUCACCGCCUCAGGGCCGCCUUCUUCCCUGUGUUGAAGAUGCCCCUGGAUGAAGGCAGGCUGGUCUCCCCUGGACUCUGUGCACCCCUUCUCGUCUUUCUCCCCCACUACACUCAUGUUCUGAAUGUUGUAACUCGGGCAUUAGUUCUGUGUACAGGGUCAGGGUUCUCAGCUCCCUGCAGUGGCCAGUGGGUCAGGGCAUGUGUCCUUGUCCUGGUUCCUGGUCCCUGCGAGGCCCGCUGGCCUAGGAGGAGCAGAAAGACCUGGCGGGGGACAGCCCCCGAGUAGGGCAGCCAGGGACCCACCAUAGUCCCACAGGGCUCUGGCCUUCACGAAGCCUUUCAUGGAAAAGACGGUCAAUGCCAACUAGAGCUCGGAGAUGGCCGCACCGCCAGCCUGUGGGAAAUCUUUUUUUUUUCUUUCUUUCUGUUUCCUGUUUUUUUAAAAAAAAAAACUUAGGGAGAGCACGUGUAAGAUGACUUACACUUGUAAGCAAGAAACUUGAUUAUCUCAACAAGAUGGUAAACCACCCCCCCUGAAAACAUGGUGUUGGGGGUAGCAGCUUGUUUUGUGUGCACUGUGAAGUUAAAGAAGAAUGCACUUGGUGGACAGUGUGCUUCUUGGUCCUGGCCCCCACUGUGGGUUUAGCUCUUAAUUCUCAGUAUCAUACACAGAUCAGAACUGUUCCACCGGUAAAACCGUGAGCUCUUCUGUCUCCUUGAACCAUGAAGCCACAGCUGUGAGGAGAGGCUGGGGCACUAGGAGAAGGAAACUGGGGCUCCCGGGAGUGUCUGGGGUGCUUGGGACCCACAGAGAGACCCUUAGCUUCUGUGAGAACCACCUCCAACCUCCCCACGCAAGCAAAGUGCGCUCUUUGUCUGUCGUGAUGUUGCUGAACCUGUGUAUCACAGGCUCCUUUCCCUGGGGACCUAGUCCAUCUGUCGUGACCACAGCAGACGUCCUGGCUGUCUCCUCAGAAUUUCCCAUCCAGAACUUACCCGUGCCCGGCGGCAGUGGGUUCUGAUACAGUUUGGGUCCAAGUUAGAAUAAACCUUUUUAUUUUUUUUACUUUCUAUAUAGUUGAGUAACAAAAAAUAGUAAUUUAAGAUGAGAGCUAUAUUGGCCCUGAAUAGCUUGCUUAUUCCCAGGGUGUAGAUUUCAAACCUUCUCCUGGAGACCUUAGAGACAGAUUACAAAACAUGGUCCUUCUUCUUCAGCCUUGAAUCAGUGCCAAGUCCUGCAGAGGCAGCCAGGCUCGCCUGUGCUGUUUUUGUGAGAAGUGUCGGCGAUUGUGGAAAACAAUGCUCUGUUAUCCUUAAAUUUGUCAGACCCAGUCUUCAGAGUGUGUUUAAUUUCGCAGUGGCUGAGCCUGUCUUGGGGCUCCUGACCUUCUCAUUGCCCGGACCUCCUGUUCGCGCGUCAGUUCACGGCAUGGAGGAGGGGACACUGUUCUGUCUGGAGGCCCCUGGGCCUCACUGUGCACAUGCCCUCUCGGGACCACCUGCCUGGGGCAGCGGGGCCCAUAUCUGUGAAUCACAGUGCCUGUGACCACAGAACUGGGCUGUGCUCCAUGCCAGAAUAACCCGCCCUGGCUGCCCGCCUGGUCUCAGGUCUCCCUCUGGGGCAGGGAGGGGUCUGCUCAGGACCCCUCAGCACCUGCCUGGGCCAGAAGGAGGGGAGUGUGUUGAGGAGCAGAGUGUGUUGAGGAGCAGCAGCAGGGCCGCUGCCACAUGGUCCUGGCUUUCUGAGUCUGGGUGGCAGCCGUGUGGCCCCCAGACUCAGUUCUGAGAUCCCAGGCCCACCCAUUUCGGGUCCACACCACCUCCCGCUGCCCAGCUGGUGGGGGCUUCCCUUCUCAUCACCCCAAGUAGCUGUCUGCAUCCUGACUCCCUGGAGAGCUGACUCCCGUGUCUACUGAGGGAGGUGGCAGGUGGAUGUGCCAGGGGGCACUCAGGGACCCCUGGCCCUCGGGAAGGCGGGCCUUCUCCCUCUGGGAGCCCAGAUCUAUGGCUCAAGGCCAGGAAGCCUUGAACUUGGGCCUGCUUGGUCAGGAUGCAUGUCUUCUCCCCAGAAGAAUCCGCCCCCCUCCUGCAAUGUUCUCCAGAUCUGCCCAUGAGAGCCAGUCAGGCUGGUCCCGCACCAAGCAGGGAUCGAGUGCCUGCACACGUGUGGCCUUGCAGCCUUGUGCAGAGCUGCCAUGCCUGAGUCAGUGUCUGCUUCUGCAGCCAUGAGCAUCCUGAGCAGGAGCCUGCUUUUGUAGACAGCUCUGUUGUUUUCGGAGGGCUUCCCAGGUGGUGCUAGUGGUAAAAAGCCUGCCUGCCAGUGCAGGAGACGUAAGAGACGCAGGUUUGAUCCCUGGGUCGGGAAGAUCCCCUAGAGAAGGGCUUGGCAACCCACUCCAGUGUUCUUGCCUGGAGAAUCCCAUGGAGAGAGGAGCCUGGUGGGUUACAGUCCAUGGGGUCGCACAGAGUCACUACUAAAGCGACUUAACACUGUGGUUUGAGUCCUGCCUUGCUUCCGGUCUCUGCCAGCAGGGGGCAGUGAGGGCACAGGCCCUGCUGUGCACCACCCCACCCCACCCGCACCCCCACCCCGUGAUGCAACACAGCUGCCACCUUUCUAGGGAUGUUUCUUCAGGGGCUCUCCUGUCUGGCGAUUGGAACCGGGGUUUGUAGUCUGUUCGCUGCAUGGGGAGGGGGCCCUGAGUGAGUCUGCCACAUGGCCCAGGGUCUCAGUUCCUAAAACCUUGAGCUCUCCUUAGCUCCUGUCUUCCCCUGGACUCCUGCAGUUCAUUCUUGGUGCAAGACGUCUUGUUCUUAAUGUGCAAAGACACCGAUCAAGAAACGUUGUCUUACAAGCUACAUUCCUGCCUUUUACUAGAGGUCUUUGCUCACAACAGGGUGUGUUCGUUUGGUCAUUUGGCAAGUGAUUUUAGGUCUGGCUUAGAGAAUAUUUUAAAACUUUAUAUGAACGGAAAGUUCUUUUAAGAAUUUUCUUUUUAACUCCUGGCAGAAUAAACAGGCGUUUUUAAAGCUCACCACUGUCAGAGCCGAGCAGAGCCCUGUGCUCAGGGAGGGGCCCCAAGCUCCAGGGUUGCAGUGAAGGACGCUCCUGGCCCCUCAGCAGCCCAAUUUUCUGCAGCAGGAAACAUGCUUGGAAGGACAUGCCAUGGGCCACUCAGCCUGGCCGGGGGCAGCGCAGUCCUGGGAGAGCCGCCCUCCGCCCAGCAUGAUCAGGCAAACGGGGCACGCCGCCCUCGGGCCCUUUGCUCAGGAGUCCCCCAGACAGGGGUCUUGGUCCUCAUGCAGCCAAGGAUACAGAGCUGGGUCAGCGGGUUCGGGACCACUGUUGCUUUCUCACCCAGCCCCCAGCUUCUGGCACAAGGAAGGUGAGUGUGGGUCGUGACCAGGAUGGAGGAGGGACAGACGAAGGGAAUGGAUGAGCCUGGCGGCAGUGCCCCCAGUGCGCCCCAGAGAGUGAAGAGGGGAUGGGGCAAUGUGUGCGUUUCUGCAUAAUACCUGGGACCAUUGUCUUGGUAAUGGGAGGCGUCAGUGUUGAUGCUGGGGAGGUGGAAGUGAAUUCUUACUUCACGCAGCCCCUGAAGGAUAAGGCGUGUGUGGGUGGCGUGUUGAAUGUUUUUGGCUUCAAAGCUGCAUACUUCUAGAAUUUCACUUGGGAUUUCCCAUAACGGUUACAAACCUGGACCCGCAGGAGGACUGAGGCUCUGACUCGGGCCAGUUGGUGCCGACCUUGUCCUUCCAGAAUCUGGGGGAAAUGAUACAACCUUGGGACCAGAGGGGCUCCCUGCAGUUCCGGCGACGGUUUCACUAGCCCUGUGCUCUACUUGCCAGCCCCACCUACUGUGCGCCUGUGGAUGUGUUUUAAACAUAAACCCCUUGCAGCGCUGUCGAGGCUGUGUCUGUCUGUUCUGGUCUUACUGACUUAUGAUUAUCACAAAUAAAUAUUUUCAUGGUGA